UUUAAAGCGUCGCGGCAAUUUUCCACUUUUCCGAUUUAAAACUCGCAAUAAAGUCAUAAAAAGUGGCAUGAAUGGAAUGAAGCAGUUAUCUAAGUGUGGGUUUAGAUGGAUUGGAAAGGGUGAUACCCAUUCACAAGAAGAUCGUGCCGUACAUUAUAAAAAACAUAAGUCCUUUCAGUUUAAUGGCGUCGAGUACAACAUUGGUGACUAUAUUUUCAUCUCAAAUGAACGCCAUCCUGAUGAUGAAGACAAAGCUUACAUUGGGCAGAUAGAAGACCUUUAUGAAACAGAUGAAGAUGAGGAUGAUCCGAAUAAAGCUAUUGUCAAGUGGUACUGGCGUUGGUUUGAGCUGAAGCAAUCAAAAUACAGUAAAGGAUGCCACUUUUUUAAGCUCCUGGAUGUUUCAAAAAACAGAAAUGAGGUGUAUGAAAACACCAACUUGUCUUACGUUCAGGAUAGUGUCAUAUCUGCAGAAACAGUAAUUGGGAAGUGUCAUGUGAUUGAGCUUCCUCCACAUGAAAAACCAAACACGGACAAAACAUUGACAAAGGGUUUGGGGACGUUCUUUGUUCGGUACUGCUUUGAUGGAAAAGACUUGGUGACACUUGCUGGAGAUCCAUUUGACACAGAGGGAAAGACCAAGAAACCACACAAGAAAGAAAAACAACCAGUUUCUUCUGAUAACGAGGAUAAUAUCUCAUUGUUGGAUUAUUUUGACGUUGAAAUAAUUGACGAAGUGGAUGACAACGAUGCUGAAGUUGAUGAAGUUGAUAAUGCAUUAGCAGAAUUGGUGGCAAAAAGUCCCAAAUAUCAGCACAUGAAACGACUUGACGGUGGAGAUGUCCUUGACCUUCUCAACGACGAUGACGACUGGAUUGAAGACUUGAACAAUAACAAAGUAUCAAAAAUAAAAAAGUCAUCAACAGCAAAAUCAUCAUCUAAAGUGAAUGGAAAGACUUCCAGUUCAACUGAACUUACUGAUCGUGCUAUUGUGAAACGAAAGUCCCGUGGAUCAGACAGUGAUCGUGUUACGCCAGUCAGUAAGAAAAAGUCCAAGAUUUCCAACACAUCGUCAGCUUCAAAGCCAGGGACGCCCCUGUCUCCUACCUCGCCUCUGUGGAUGAUCAGGCAGCAGGCACGAACUGCUUGUAAAGUUAAGGGAGAAGUUCCUGGUACACCGAAAUUGGUUCUCUCCAAGGUGAAAAAGGCAGCCAGUACGAGUAAGGUUGACUCAUCAAAAAGACGAAACAGUUCUGCUGCUAGGAAGAGUUUAGAUUUUAUUCAAGAGAGAGAAGCCAGUGGGCGAUUCACUUCGUCAUGGUCAAGCAAAGGAAAGGAAAGGAGCGACACUCCAGCAAAACAACAAAAACAACAAUCUCGGCGGUCUAUAGCUGUUAUGAAUAAUGAAGAAAGGAGGCAGGGAAGUCAACCAACGCCUCGAAGUCGGUCGAGAAGAUCUAUAGCUGUGAUAAAUUACAACGAAAGUCGUCUCUUCAAUAUUGAGGAAGACGUCCCACUAUUGCAAACAUCGAAGAGUAAAUCUCGUCGAUCUGUUAUCCCUGACAUGUGUGAUGAUGUUUAUACACCUUCGAAGUCGAAAUCGCGAAAUAAUUCUCCCAUGAAUACGCCAUUGAAGAAGGGGUAUUUGACGCCUGCCAAGAAGAUAGCAACGCCUAGAUCUGUGCCACGGACGCCAAGUAUGCCAAAUCGGUCAAGACCUUGUGCAGAACCUGGAACAGUCUUGGAAGAAGCUAGGGCAAGGUUGCAUGUGUCAGUAGUACCAGAGAGUCUGCCAUGUCGCGAUCAAGAAUUCAAUGACAUCUAUUCCUUUGUUGAAGGCAAGGUUUCAGAUGGAACUGGAGGUUGUAUGUAUAUAUCUGGAGUUCCUGGUACUGGUAAGACAGCAACUGUCCAUGAGGUCAUCAGACAGCUUGAAGCAACGAAUCAGGCUGGACACAUUCCUGACUUCAAUUACAUAGAAAUCAAUGGCAUGAAGCUGACUGAUCCACAUCAGGCUUAUGUACAGAUACAUAAGCAACUCACUGGUGAUAAAGUGACAUCGACUCAUGCAUGUGCGUUGUUAGAUAAACGAUUCAGCUCAUCUGGUGUAAGACGCAUCACAACGGUGCUGUUAGUUGACGAGCUUGAUCUCCUGUGCAACCGAAAACAGAAUGUGCUGUAUAAUCUCUUCGACUGGCCAACCCGACCCCAUGCCAAACUAGUCGUAUUAGCCAUUGCAAAUACCAUGGAUUUACCAGAGCGGGUCAUGAUGAAUCGGGUAUCCAGCCGCUUGGGCUUGACCAGGAUGACUUUCCAACCAUACACACACAAACAGCUGCAGACAAUCGUGCUCUCGAGGAUCCGUGAUCUGAAGGCGUUCGAUGAAGAUGCUAUCCAGCUAGUGGCUAGAAAGGUUGCUGCCGUCUCCGGGGAUGCUCGUCGUGCUCUGGACAUCUGCCGACGUGCCACAGAGAUCACAGAAUGUAAAAGCGGUCCACUCAGCCCCAGGAAGAAGUCUGGUUUAGUCGGCAUGCUUCACGUUGAGAAAGCCAUCAAAGAGAUGUUCUCAUCUCCGAUUAUUCAGGCUCUAAAGUCCUGUUCCGAUGCCGAGAAGCUGUUCCUUCAAGCGUUGGUGUCCGAAUUUGAACGUUCCGGGCUGGAAGAGGCUGUAUUCAGCAAAGUCGUCAGCCAGCAUUUAUCUCUUUGCAGAUUUUAUGGUGUCCCACUUAGCUCGCCCUCAGAAGCAGCUGCACUUGCUUCAAGAUUGGGCAGCUUCAGAAUUCUACUCCUUGAACAUGGCAGGCAGGAUAACAUGCAGAAGAUACGAUUGAAUAUCUGCCCAGACGAGCUGCAAUACGCACUGAGGGACUUCCAGAUCAGUUACAAAUAAGCUUGUGAGAUAACGAGAAGAAUCGAUCUUUGCAUCAAAAAGUGAUUCUUGCGUUUAUGGAUCAUCCCCCCCCCCCAAAAGAAUGGCUUCAUUCUGCUUUACUAAAUUUGGAGAUGUCAUUUAUGUCAAUUCAAUUUGUUGGUUUACAUUUUCUUUGGUGCUGUUUGGAAAUUUCUUCUUUGCAUGUUACAUUAAAUAAGGUCACUUUUGAUGCAUGUGCAGUGAUAACCAUGAACUUGCUUUGUUCUGUAAUCUUGUCUUACUGACGCUCGCUUGCUUGGUCAUUGCGGGUCGCAGCGACAGUCACAAACACAGUGAUUACCGGUUUUACCCACAGAUGAGAGAUCCUCUUGUCACACAAAGCAGUGAUUGUAAUCGCAUUUAAAUCCCUUGUUUGCAUAGUGCUUGAAUGUGUCACUUUUUCUUAUGUAUAAAUCAUGUUUAUAUGAGCACUGUCGAUGUAUAUGUAAUUGUCUUUAUCAUUCUGUAUGCUUUGUGAUUGAUAAUAAAGUUAUUUUUUUA